GCUGCUCUUCCUCUCUGGGGCCCGCCUCUGAGCAGCAGAUGGGCUGAUAAGAACUCUGCAGCUAGCCCUUCCAAUACUGGCACCAUGAAAGACGAGGUGGCUCUUCUGGCCAGUGUUACCCUCCUGGGAGUCCUGCUGCAAGCCUACUUCUCUCUGCAGGUGAUCUGGGCGCGCAGGGCUUUCCGCGUGUCCCCGCCGCUCACCACCGGUCCGCCUGAGUUCGAGCGCGUCUACCGAGCCCAGGUUAACUGCAGCGAGUACUUCCCGCUGUUCCUCGCAAUGCUCUGGGUCGCUGGCAUCUUUUUCCACGAAGGUGCGGCAGCUCUGUGUGGUUUGGUCUACCUGUUCGCGCGCCUCCGCUACUUCCAGGGCUACGCGCGCUCGGCGCAACUAAGGUUGGCCCCCCUGUACGCGAGCGCGCACGCGCUCUGGCUGCUUGUGGCGCUGGCUGCCCUCGGACUACUCUUCCACUUCCUCCCGGCCACCUUGCAAGCUGCGCUUCUCAGACGGUUCCAGAUGCUGCUGCCUAUGAUGACUUGAGAGGAAGGACAGCGGGUUGGCAAAGUUGGGAAGAGCCAGAGAGUCCAGGAGCAAAGGAUGGUUGCCCACCCCUGCAUCCCAGUGUCUAAUUAAA